AUGGUUGCCGACACCUCAUCUGCCGUUUCCGCCCAACACGCCGAAGACAUUGCUUUUGCCCGCGCUAUGCACGGCAAGGAAAUCAAGAGCGGUCUCUUGUCCAACUUGGCCUCCAAGAAUGCCGAUGUCCACAACGUUGCCACCGACACGUACCUGAAAAUGUGGAAGCAACCUGGUGCUGAAAAUGAGGAAGAUGAGAACAAGCGUCUCGACAGCUACACUGCAUUGGUCAACUCUUACUACAACUUGGCCACUGAUUUCUAUGAAUACGGUUGGGGUGGCAGUUUCCAUUUUUGCCGUUACUAUCCUGGUGAGGAGUUCUUCCGUGCCAUUGCUCGUCAUGAACACUACCUUGCUGCCAACAUUGGUAUCAAGCGUGGCAUGAAGGUCUUGGAUGUUGGAUGCGGUGUUGGUGGACCCGCUCGUGAGAUUGCUGAAUUCACUGGUGCUCAUAUCACUGGUCUCAACAACAACGCCUACCAAGUUCAACGUGCUUUCCACUAUGCUGCUAAGCAAGGUCUUGCUGAACAAACCAACUUCAUCAAGGGCAACUUUAUGGAGAUUCCCUAUGAGGAUAACCAAUUGGAUGCUGCUUACGCUAUUGAAGCCACCGUUCACGCUCCUACUUUCGAAGGUGUCUAUGGUGAGAUUUUCCGUGUCUUGAAGCCUGGUGCCAAGUUUGGUUGUUAUGAAUGGUGCAUGACCGAUGAUUACGAUGAAAAGAACCCUGAACACCGUCGUAUUGCUCAUGGUAUCGAGAAAGGCAAUGGUAUCCCUAAGAUGCGCAAGAUUGCAGAAUGUCUUCAAGCUCUCAAGAACGUUGGUUUCGAGAUUGAGAUGCAUGAGGAUUUGGCCAACAUGGGCGAUAGCAUCCAAUGGUUCUAUCCUUUGGAAGGUGAUAUCCGUAAAUGCCAAACCAUGCGUGAUGUCCUUACUACGAUGGCUAUGACCAAGCUCGGUCGUUUCACCACUACCAACUUUUGCCGUGUCUUGGAAAGAAUCGGUCUUGCUCCCAAGGGCACUGUUGAGACUCAAAAGUUCUUGGAGGUUGCCGCUGAUGCUUUGGUCGAAGGUGCUCAAAAGAAUCUUUUCACUCCCAUGUUCUUUUUCGUUGCAAAGAAGCCUGAGAACGCUUAA